UCUCACAUGACGUUGAGAAAUCAAGAACAAGGAACCAGUCAGGUGAUUCACAGCAACCCAUCAAGCUACAAGAUUUUCUGGAAAAGAUGGAAAUGAUUCCAAGCUUCCUUGACAACCACCGAGGCAGAAGCAUUUUCGAUCCAUUCUCUUCUUUUGACAUUUGGGAUCCAUUCAAGGUCUUCUCUCCUUUCACUUCCACCUCAAAUUCAGCUUUUGUAAACACCCGCGUGGAUUGGAAAGAGACACCAGAAGCCCAUGUCUUCAAGGCAGAUCUUCCAGGGCUUAAAAAAGAGGAAGUGAAGGUCGAAGUUGAAGAUGACAGGGUGCUUCAGAUUAGCGGAGAAAGGAAUGUGGAGAAGGAAGACAAGAACGAUACAUGGCAUAGGGUGGAGCGAAGCAGUGGAAAGUUCUUUAGGAGGUUUAGGCUCCCCGAGGAUGCGAAAAUGGAUCAGGUCAAGGCUUCUAUGGAAAACGGAGUUCUUACUGUGACUGUGCCUAAAGAGGACCUCAAGAAAUCUGGGGACGGUGUCAAGGCUAUUGAAAUCUCUGGUUAACUGAAUGAGAGAAUGCCCAUUGAAUAUCAUGUGUUUGUAAGAAUUUUGGGUUCUUUACUGUUCAAAUGUAUUAUGUAAGUAAACAGUUUUGCUAAUAACAGUCCUUGUUUCAUCAUAAGAA